AUUUCAACAACUCUCUCCUUUAAUUUCUGAAUUAUUUACUGAUGAAUAGAAGUACUUCGAUUGAAACAUUGAAGUCACUCACUGAUACAUGAUAUGCUAAAUGCGGUAUGAAAUCCUUUUCGAUCUAUACAUGCAAACGGUUCAAAGCUGGUUGAAUUCAUCUCCAGUUCCAGUGUAUGUAGAAUCGAAAAUUCCAGCUGAUGUUUAUGAACUGUGUAAACAGAAAUUAAAAGAAUCUAUAAAGCAUUAUUCUGAAAUUCCGCAUCAAUAUCUGACUGAAGUAAUAGUUCAACCAUUUUCAUUUAUAUAUGAUGGUAGAGAAGAUAAGAAGGUGGAAGAAUUUUUAGGAAGUAAUAAACAACUUAAUCAAUACUGUGAGUACAUAACCAAAUUGCAUAAUUUAGCAAAUGAAGUGAUGAGUUUACCAAAUACUGAAUACUUUGAUUUAAUACAACUUGAUUGUGGUGAUGCUAAGACUGGCUUAUACAAAGAAUGUCAUCGGUUGGCCAAAUUAUUGUUAGAUCGAGUCGUUUCAGAUUUCACACAAAAUAAUGACGAAAUUUGUUCAACAUUUGAAGAAAUGCGAGAUCGCUGUCAUACAGAACCACAAAAUACUGAAGAAUUGAUUGAUAUGAUUCAAUACAUGGAAGAAGCUCGAUGCCAAGGUAUGAGUCGUAUGACAGAAAAGAUUUCAUUAAGCGCGGAAUACUUAAACUAUUUACUCGAUGUAUAUUUGUUUAGCCCGGAGGAAUUAGAAAAGAACUGUGCUGUAUUGACAUGGGAAAAACGAAUUAUUCCUGAAUUCGAUGCCAAUGACAAACUACAAGAACGAAUGCGUUCAGUUGGUGAAGCUGUUGUGACAGAAAAACGUGAAAAGCUAACUACUGAAAUAAAUCGAUUAAAGAAACGUGUUGAUGAAUUUAAUGAUUAUGGCGAAACAGAUGCGGAAAUGCAAAAUCAAUACGUCCAAGAUGUUCGAUCAGUUUUAAAACGUCUUCAAGAUGUAGAGAAUGAAAAAGUAUGGAUUAAUAAAGAAGAGGAUUUAUAUAAACUUCCAAUUAGUAGUUAUCCUGAAUUGGAAGAAAUUCGAAAUUUAGCAGAACCAUUUCUGAGAUUAUUUACUACUGCAGUGAAAUAUUCUAGAUCAGAAAGACGAUGGCUCUAUGGUGAAUUCGACAAAUUAAACGCUGAAGCAAUCGACGCUGAAGUAGAAGAAUAUUGGCGUGAACUAUAUAAACUGCAGAAAAUUUUCACAGCGAAAUUUAAGAAAAUGACCAUGGAAGCGGAUGAGCGAAACAAAGCACGAAAAAGAAAACGUCGUGCAAGUACAGCACCCCCAGACACUGAGACUAAAGAAGAUGGUGCUUCGGUAGUUGAACAAGAAGAAGAAGAAAUGGAAGAGGUGAAACCACCUGGAGCUUUAAAUAUAAUUGAAGAUGUUCAGAAUAAAAUUAAAGAUUUUAAGGAAAAUAUCCCAAUUAUUGCGAUAUUAUGCAAUCCCGGCAUAAGAAAACGACAUUGGGAUGCAAUGUCAGAGAUAGCUGGUAUAGAUUUAACACCAGAUAGUGGUACAUCAUUAGCUAAAAUGCUCCAAUUAAAUUUGGAUCCAUUUAUGGAAAAUUUUGCCAAUAUUUCAAAUGGAGCAAGUAAAGAAUUUACUUUAGAAACAAAUAUGAAAAAAAUGCAAGAUGAUUGGACUGAUAUAUCAUUUAGUUUAAUUGCAUAUCGUGAAUCUGGUAUAUCUAUACUUGCUUCGAUUGAUGAUAUACAACAAAUGUUGGAUGAUCAGAUUAGUAAAACGCAAACAAUGCGAGGAUCACCAUACAUAAAACCAUUUGAAAAAGAAAUUAAAGAAUGGGCAGAACGUCUUCUGUAUCUACAAGAAACAUUAGAUGAAUUGUUAAAAAUGCAAGCUCAAUGGUUAUAUCUAGACCCGAUAUUUAGUUCAGAAGAUAUUAUGCAACAGAUGCCUGAAGAGGGUCGUCUUUUCCAAGUUGUAAACCGUAAUUUCAAAGAUAUCAUGAAAAAUACAGUUAAAGAUCCAAAUGUUAUGAAGGCAACUGCUCUUCCUGGAAUUUUAGAAAAAAUCAAAGAUAGCAAUGGAUUACUAGAUAAAAUUAAUAAAGGUUUAAAUGCUUAUUUGGAGAAGAAACGUUUAUUUUUUGCAAGAUUUUUCUUUUUAUCCAAUGAUGAAAUGUUGGAGAUAUUAUCUGAAACAAAAGAUCCACUUCGUGUUCAGCCACAUUUUAAAAAAUGUUUUGAAGGUAUCGCCAAAUUGGAAUUCGAUGAUCGUCUAGAUAUCAAAGCAAUGUUUUCAAGUGAAGGUGAAAAAGUUCAACUCAGUCAGUCAAUAAGUACGUCAGAAACACGUGGUGCAGUAGAAAAGUGGCUAUUACAAGUAGAAAAGGUGAUGCUCAUGUCUGUUCGAGAUGUGAUAGCACAUGCUAGGGAAGCUUACGAAAAAGAAGAACGUGAACUAUGGGUUUGUCAAUGGCCUGGACAAGUAGUUUUGUGCGUAUCACAGAUAUAUUGGACAUGUGAAGUACACGAAUCACUUGAAUAUGGAACGACGGGUUUAGAAAAUUAUUAUAAAAAAUUAGGUGAACAAAUGAAUGCCAUUGUAAAAUUAGUACGUGGCAAAUUAAAUGCACAACAACGUAUCACACUUGGAGCGCUUGUCGUUAUCGAUGUGCAUGCACGUGAUGUUGUUCAUGAGAUGAUUAAAUUAGGUGUCACAUCAGAGAAUGAUUUCAAUUGGUUAUCACAAUUACGAUAUUAUUGGGAAAAUGAAAAUGUCGAGGUCAAACUUACAAAUGCUAAAGUAUCUUAUGCUUAUGAAUACUUGGGUAAUUCUCCACGUCUUGUCAUUACUCCACUAACGGAUCGAUGCUAUCGGACAUUAAUUGGAGCUUAUCACUUGAAUUUGAAUGGUGCUCCAGAAGGCCCUGCUGGAACUGGUAAAACAGAAACGACAAAGGAUUUAGCUAAAGCUCUUGCUGUUCAAUGUGUUGUAUUCAACUGCUCCGAUGGUUUAGAUUAUAUUGCUAUGGGUAAAUUUUUCAAAGGACUUGCUUCGUCUGGUGCAUGGGCGUGUUUUGAUGAAUUUAAUCGUAUAGAACUUGAAGUAUUGUCGGUUGUUGCGCAACAAAUUCUUUGCAUUAUACGAGCUAUUCAAUCUCACUUAGAAGUUUUCGUGUUUGAGGGGACUGAAUUAAAUUUAAAUAGUAAUUGUUAUGUAUGCAUAACAAUGAAUCCUGGUUAUGCAGGUCGAUCUGAAUUGCCAGAUAAUUUAAAAGUUUUAUUUCGUCCAGUAGCUAUGAUGGUGCCAGAUUAUGCUAUGAUCGGUGAAAUAUCACUUUAUUCUUAUGGUUUUAUGGAUGCACGUAGUUUAUCAGUGAAAAUUGUCACAACUUAUCGUUUAUGCUCAGAACAACUUUCCUCUCAAGCACAUUAUGAUUAUGGUAUGCGAGCAGUGAAAGCAGUUCUACAAGCAGCUGGUAAUUUGAAAUUGAAGUUUCCUGACGAAAAUGAAAAUAUUCUUCUCUUACGUUCAAUUAUCGAUGUGAAUUUACCGAAAUUUCUAGCACAUGAUAUUCCUUUAUUUCGUGGUAUUAUCUCCGAUUUAUUUCCUGGUAUUACAUUACCAGAAGCUGAUUAUAGUACUUUCUUAGCUGAAGUUACUAAAGUAUGCGAAGAAAGAAACAUACAAGCUGUUGACUUUUUCACUGAAAAAAUUACACAAACAUAUGAAAUGAUGAUUGUACGACAUGGUUUUAUGCUUGUUGGCGAACCGUUUGGAUCUAAAACUACGGUAUUGCAUACAUUAGCUACAGUAAUGACACGUCUGAAUGAAAAUGGUCAUGAUGAAUAUGAAAAAGUGAUUUAUAGAACAAUUAACCCGAAAUCAAUCACAAUGGGACAACUAUUUGGUGAAUUCGAUCCUAUUUCACAUGAAGUUAGUUAG